AUGAUACCUAAAUGCAGAUCAGCGGUCAUGGAGAAGGGUGCAGAGGAACCGGAUGCCCACUUGGCUGAUGAGGUGCCCAUUUUUCUACCAUCGACAUUCUCGCCUUGGCGUAAUCCGAAGGAGUUUAUUACUGGCAGUGAACCAACAUUUGCUCAUUCAGCCGCUCAGCCACCAGUACUGCCUCCCCAGACGUCCAGAGAAACAACAACAAGAUCACAAGAUAUCUCCGAAGAAGAUAUAUCGAAUUCUCCGUUGCAGCAACCAACUUCCCCUUUCAACACCCUGGUAGCAGCGAAAACUGACACGACCGACGACAAACGCGCAUCUCGGCCAUUCGAAAACGGCAUGCAGCCCAGAACGGAAGUUGGUAUCGAAGCUGGUAAUUCUGCUGCAGCUAAUCUUGAGAAACCUGGACCCCUGCGCCGCACAAGAUUCAAAGAAAUGUUAGAUCGUUCUCUUCCAACAACGCUUUUCAAAAGCAAUUCUUUCUCUCGUAUUAGUGGCAAUUACGACGAGAUUAGAGAAGAUCACCAAGCCGCACCCCCACAUCGCGAGAUGGAGAAUCGUGAUACGGAGAAUUAUCCAAUGGGCUCGGUCAACAACGCACGCGAAAUCCCAGAAGAGAGCUGUUCAAGCUCGGAUGAUAGCAGCGAUAUCGAAAUUGAUGAUCUCGCUACGCGAUACGAGCGACCACCCCUCGACUGCCACUCAAGGCGGGAUGUAUACAUCAAGCAUUGGAGCUGGGAAUACAUUGUUCUAGCUUUGUUGUCCUUGUACUCUACACUUCUAAGCGGAUUGUGGUUUAUAACCUCUAUCUACCAGCCGCGAUAUGGAAGAGGGAUAUCAUCUAGCGAGGGGUGGAAGAUGGCACCUUCGACAGCCACUCUUGUUUGCACCUUAGUCGCUAAGACCAUUGAAAUAUCAUUUGUCACGGUCUACGUCGCUCUUCUUGGCCAAGUCCUAACUCGAAGAGCUUUCAUCAAAAAGGCGAAGGGCGUUACUCUUGCCGAGAUGACGAUGCGGAAUUGGGUCAUCCAACCGGGAUCUUUACUUACUUAUUGGGAAGGAGUUCCUUACGCAGCGAUGACCAUUUUAGGUGGUGUGAGUCUUCUUGCGACUCUCUGCUCCCUGUUUUACACUACGGCGUCGGACGCCCUGGUAAGCCCUAAGCUUAUGUUUGGUCGGUGGGAGAAUCGCGAGUUAGAGGGGCUAGUGAAGGCUUCCUAUGCGAACCCUUUCUAUGUACAGAAAGCUUGCUCGACCCCUAUCGACCUAAGAAUGGACCCCAACAAUUCGGCGCCCUCUUGCCUCGAUGUCCAAUACUCGGGACAGUCCUAUCAUAAUCUACUUACCUUCAUGACAGAAUGGCAAGCUAUCCACGAUAAUAAGACUUCAGCGAUGGACAAUCUCGCCUCGAGACCUGUGGGAAGGCAUAGUCUAUUCGACAACACAACAAUGGUAUCAUCUUGGAUCGAGACCGAUUUCGGGAACCCGGAGCUUAAUUUAAAAACCCACAACAGGAUCAUCAAUAAUGUCACGCUUGCGAUGCCACAUGCAGGCGUCUACUUGGCUGCCACAGACCCGCGCAACGACAUAUUGCAACCCGACGAUCUGGCUGGUGUUGGCGAGUACUCAAUCCGUGCCAGCGUUGUUUCACCAGUGGUCAAUGUCAUGUGUGUUCAUAUGACCCACGACGAGUUAGCACCCCUCAUAUACACUACUUGGCCUGACGCCCGAACGGAGGGCACCGAGAUACCCGGACAGAAAACCGGCGUAGAAGAUUGGUUCAACGAUGUCCCGCCCCCGGCUGACGAUGAAUGGCUCAACAGAACCGUAGUUGAUGGUAUUUUUCGAUGGGGUCCUAAGUAUCACCGUCGACCCCCUGUCUUUCAACUGUUUCCAAUCGACUAUAAUAUGAUCACUAAUACUUCAGUCGCCAACUCGGAGUCUUUGUACGUACUGGCCAAGUCGAAUGCCAUAGCUGAAUACACGCUUUGCGAGAUGCGGUCGUGGGUAACACCCAAGUGUUCAACUCGAUUCGACGUCUCGGGUAUAUCCGGCGGCUUCAUGCGGGCACAUUGCGAGGAUCCUGAGGACACCGACUCGUACUCUGCUGCAUCGGGCAACGACGACGUUAAAAAUCCCCCCGAUCCCUCUAUCGACUGGAGGAACCUAGCGGAGCAGUGGCGCCUUUCCAUGGAUCUUAACGGUGGCGUGCAGAACAAUAAUGCGAGCAACGCGCGCAUCAUGACGAAUUUCAUAUUACGCGAAGCGGCGCUUGACCCGUUCCUACCCUCCAUAGCUGAAGCUCUAGCAGUGCUCUCGUCAUCAACUCUUGUCGCCGGGACUCUCGGAUCGACUUACCGUAUGAGUUGGGAUUAUCCAAAGGUCGAGAUGGACUCGGGCGUCUACGAGACAUUCAAGGCGUCUAUGCGUACCCAACAGUAUACAUCCUCACACGUACAGGGAUGGCAAGGCAUCUUCUACGCCGUAUUAGGGACAGUCUUCGCGAUUAAUGUAGCAUGUCUGCUUUAUCUCGCCUUCUUCCGCCAAGGGCUCGUGAGCGACUACACCGAGCCCCAGAACCUAUUCGCCGUCGCUAUCAACUCGCCUCCCAGCGUCGCGCUAUCAGGGAGCUGCGGCCACGGCCCGGACACGGCAGGGCUGGUUGUACCCUGGAGCGUGAAUUACUCGGCUGCCGCUAACCACUAUUUCUUCGAGGAGGUGGGCGGUAAUACUAAGGGUCGUGCCGGCACCCGCAUGAGUAUGGGGAGCGGUUCCGAUCUGUUGCCAGCGAAUGAAGGCCGGCUCAGGGGGAAUAAUUACAAUAAUUACAAACGGCUUAGGGAAAGCAAGUCCUGGUUUUAA